AUGUCAUCGGAAACAAUCGCUUACCCAAUAAACCAUCAUCAUCAUAUAUUAAAUCGUACUCAUUCAAGCAUGUAUCGAAGUACUUCUCCAAUCGAUCUUAAUAAUAAAUUAACAGCUAUUCAAACAAGAAAAUCUCGUGUUGCUCUUCAAUCUUAUUAUGAUUUUACCGAUUCUCGACCGUUAAAUAUGAGUAAUAUUAGUGGUACAACAAAUUCUUCGAAUCUUUCUCCACAAAAGUUACUUGAACGUAGCCAAGAUUUACGUCUUGGUCGUAUACCUGCUCGUCCAUCUGUUUUAUCUUCAAUAUCAACUGCAAAUCAACAUUCAUUAAUAUGGCCAACUUAUAGUUCACCAAAUGGAAUUACUCAACAACUUCCAACAAAUUCACCAACAAUGUCAUCAACUAAUUUCGGAUUACAAAUGAAUAAAUCAUUGAAUUAUCAUAUGCCUGAUAUUUAUCAACGUUCAAAUCGUACACAAACAAUGACAUAUCCACUAUUGACUGAACAACAAAAUUCUUCGAUGUUUGUUGAACCACGACAUAAGUCUUUACCAAAAAUAAAAUCAUCUGUACCGAAACCAUAUUACCGAAGAGUUGCGAAAGGUAAAGCUUCAUUUCCAAUAUCACGUACUCAACCAUUACGAGCAUCAUAUAAAGAUCAUUUGAAACAGUCAAAGAACAAUACUAAUGAACAUAUUGUUCUUUUAUAUGAAAGUGAAGAAGAUGAUGAAAAUGUUCCUAUUAUAGAUGAAGAAUUUGAAGAAUAUAUUCAAAAGUCAACUAUUAAAUGUGCCGAUUGGCUUAUUAAAUAUGUUUUUGAUAAAGAGUUUGAUUACAAUGACGAAUAG